AUUUUUUGUUGUGCAGGUCUAUCAUAACGUGUUGGUUUGCUCAGAAGCUGAUGAUUAACAGUAGAUCACGUGCUAGAGUUUCUCUCUCAUGUCAUUCGGAGUGAUGAUGAUGAUGAUGAUGAUGAUGAUGUAGAGCCUGAAGCUCGCGCGCAUGAAUCAGUGACAGAAGUAGAGUUGUUUCCAGGAGGGAUGUACGAUUCUGUCUUCAAAUUUGCAGUGAAUCAGUUUUAUUGGCGCUGGAAACAAAGUCUGUCCGGAUGUUUGGGGACUCGUGCGCUCUUACAGCUGAACUUAUGCGUCUGGAAUAUUUUCUUAAUAUAACAGAGGGACGUGAUUCUGGAUUCAUGAGCAGGUUUGACUGACGGUAGCUGUACAAAAUGUGCGAAAAAGGCGACAGUCACUUUGGAAAGGACGCUCUUCAGACAGGAGCGACGACGAAAAGUAACAUGGAUCACGCUGAAAUUUCCGAAUGCAGAGACAUGAACACUGUUCCCAUCUGUAGUAACACUCGCUUGUACCGGAGAAGGUGGCUCAUUCUGCUCCUCUUCAGCUCAUAUUCACUGUGCAACGCGUUCCAGUGGAUCCAGUAUGGAAUCAUCAACAACAUCUUCAUGAAAUUCUACAACGUCUCUUCAUUCGCCAUCGACUGGCUGUCAAUGGUCUAUAUGUUGACUUAUAUCCCCUUCAUAUUCCCAGUGACAUGGCUGCUGGAGAGGAAGGGGCUCCGGGUGAUCGCUCUGCUCGCAGCCUCCAUCAACUGCGUGGGAACGUGGAUCAAAGUGGCCAGCGUUCAGCCCAGCCGUUUCUGGGUCACUAUGCUCGGACAGUUCACGUGUUCCUUUGCUCAGGUGUUCAUUUUAGGGAUGCCGUCUCAGGUCGCGUCCGUGUGGUUCGGUUCUGAUGAAGUGUCCACCGCCUGCGCCAUCGGCGUGUUUGGAAACCAGCUUGGUAUUGCUAUUGGCUUCUUGAUCCCGCCCGUUCUGGUGCCCAACGUGGAUGACAUCAGUGAACUGGCUCAACACAUCAGCGUCAUGUUCUACAUCACCGCCGGUGUGGCCAGCCUCAUCUUUGUGCUGGUUGUGUUCGUGUUCCAGGAAAAACCUGAAACCCCUCCGUCUCCGGCUCAGGUGGAGCUCAGAGACAUGCCCACGGGACAGAACUCAUACACGGCUUCAAUCUCAAGACUUUUCCGCAACAAGCCCUUCAUCCUCCUCCUUAUCAGCUAUGGACUGAAUGUUGGAUGUUUUUACGCCGUUUCCACGCUGUUGAACAGGAUGAUAAUAGAGCAUUACCCUGGUGAAGAGGUGAAUGCUGGGAGAAUUGGUUUGACACUUGUCAUUGCUGGCGUGGUGGGCUCUCUGAUCUGUGGAAUCUGGCUAGACAAGACCAAGACUUAUAAGCAGACGACUCUCUCAGUUUAUCUGCUGUCAUUUGUGGGGAUGGUGAUCUACACCUUCACCCUGAACCUGGGUCAUCUGUGGGUCGUGUUCCUCACAUCCGGAGCGCUGGGGUUCUUCAUGACGGGUUAUCUGCCGCUGGGCUUUGAGUUUGCAGUGGAGCUCACGUACCCAGAGUCUGAGGGAACAUCGUCAGGACUGCUCAACUGCUCAGCACAGAUGUUUGGAAUCGCAUUCACCAUCAUUCAAGGCAAAAUCAUCAAUCACUUCAGCACACUGGCCGGCAACAUCUUCCUCUGUGUGUUCCUCUUCAUCGGCUCCAUCAUGACAGUGACUAUAAAAUCUGACCUGCGGCGACAGAAGGCCAACCAAAAGUCUCAGGCAGAGAUAAACGCUGACUCAUCCAUACAUUCCCAAGACGGAAAAUCGUUGCCAGUAAAAGAGGUGAAGAUGUAAGGACAGAAACCAUCGGAAUGACCUUUUUCUUCAGCAUGCGCACACAACUUCAUCAUAUCCAUAAAUCCUCCUAAAAUGUACACAGCCAGUAUCCUGAAUAAUGACAGCUCAGUUUAAUUGCCCAAGCACAAGUGAUUAGUAAGAAAUACAGUAACAAAUGUAUUGCUCAUGAUUAGUUCAUGUUAGUUAAUACAUUAACUAACGUUUAACUAAUGAACUGUAUUGUAAAGUGUUACCAAUGAGGCUUUUAAUGUGUUGGUAAACAUCAUGUUUGCAUGAUGGUUCCUUAGGUCUGACCUAAUGUUUUUAUUACUAGAGUACUAAUCUGGUACAAGUGUCUCUGUAACAGACGCAUCUAGAUCUGAUUCAAGAGAUCUCAGUCUGUGUUCAGGUUGUUGAUGCUGGACAUCACAAUAUUAUUAUGGAAGGUCGAAGUCCUUCAAUAAAACCAUCAACUGAAACUAAAACCUACUUGAAUGUGAAAGAGCAUCAGUCAUGUGAUCAAUGGAGGAUGUGUGAUGCUCAUGUCUUACAUAAUGCAGUACUAACAGACUGCAGCAGGACCCGACAACCAUACAGUGCAGUACACUUUUAAUAGAGACAGUAAAGAUAGAGCAAAGACAGCAAAACGAGGAGCAUAUUACUAACAUUAACUGAUGGUAAAGAGAGAGAGAGAGAGAGAGAGAAAGAGAGAGAGAGAGCACUUCUGUUGCUCUUGAUUGCUCACUCAAAAAAAUAAAACUAAAUUGUAUGUGCAAUUAAAAACAUGAACUGUUACAUGAUUUAUGUAUAAUGAGUGGUUCCCUUCAUUAUUACAGGAGGGCUGUACAGUAAUCACAUGACGUUUUCAAGAAGUUUUCUGUGCGCAAACAUUCGAAGCGCGCGCCCAGAAAGCUGCCUCUCAGACAGUGCGCGAAUAGCUUAUUAAAGAAUAGUUCACCCAAAAAUGAAAAUUAUCCCAUGAUUUACUCACGCUCAAGCCAUCCUAGGUGUAUAUGUCUAUCUUCUUUCAGACCAACACAAUUGGA